AUGGAUGUCGCAGGCAAUCAUGCUGAUUGCAAGAUGCUAUCCACCCUGAGUGACGACGGGAUUGUGCCGCACGCGAGCGAUGUUCUUUUUUUCACGGUGGAGCAUAUCAAUGCAGCUGGGGCAAAGUUGCCACAGUUCGCCACGUCUGUACGUCGCCAGUCAUUAACAAUCCAGCCCUUAAGCCUGAAAUUGUUCGACCCCUUGCAAGAGCGAGUGGUAGUUCUCUUAGAGAGCCCUCGCAUGAUGUCCGUUGACACUCUGCAAGUUCUGUCCUACGACAUGUUGCAACAUUCGGACAUACAAUCCAUGAAGUCAUGGGAGUUCUCGAGCACAUCAUUGGAAUAUUCAAAAGCCUUAGGCGUUCCGCGUUCCUCGCAGAAAAACCUACUGUCCUGA